AUGGCGGAUUCCUCGCCCGCUCCGUCCCUGCGGGCAGGCGGCCCCCGUGCGCCCUGGUCCUCGGCCCCCUCGCCGCCGCACUCGCGUUCGGGCUCCGAGGCCGAGGAGGCCGAGCUGUCGCUGAGCCUGGCACGCACCAAGACCCGCUCGUACGGUAGCACGGCCAGCGUGCGGGCGCCGCUGGGCGCCGGCGUCAUCGAGCGCCAUGUGGAGCACCGGGUCCGCGCCGGCGACACGCUGCAGGGUAUCGCGCUCAAGUACGGAGUCUCGAUGGAACAAAUUAAAAGGGCAAAUAAACUGUUUACGAAUGAUUGUAUAUUUCUGAAGAAAACUUUGAACAUCCCAGUUAUAUCAGAGAAGCCUUUGCUGUUUAAUGGACUUAACUCAGUAGAUUCUCCAGAAAAUGAAACUGUUGAUAGUUUUUCUCAUGAAGAGGAGCUGGUAGCAGCUGGGGAAGACGUCUCUCCUCCCAGCCCUCAAGAAUUGGAUGUUCAGCCCAUACAGCCUGAGGAAGUAUCAGCCAGAGAUUUCCUGCAGAGGCUGGACUUGCAGAUUAAGUUAUCAACACAGGCAGCCAAGAAACUGAAAGAAGAGAGCAGAGAUGAAGAAAGUCUCUAUACAGCUUCCCUUUAUCAUAGUUAG